AUGAAUGAGGCAUCAAUAAAUUUCAUGGCUGGUGGACUUAGUGCAAAUGCUUUUUGGCUUUUCUCAAUGCCUGCUGAAGGAUCUAGGGGAUUCUAUAAAGGAUUGGUUCCUUGUCUUUUAAGAUCUUUUCCAACCAAUGCUUCUGCUAUAAUGGUGUUUGAAUAUACUAUGAGAUUUUUAAAGAAUUCUGAAAUGCCAACCUUUUAA